GAACAAAAUGUGAUUUGUCUAAAAUUUGAGGAUAUAUAUAAUAAUAUGUAUGCAGUCCUUUAUAUUUUAUUUAUUGUGGAAAAAUCCUCCAUAGUUUUAUUCUUAUCAAAUUUAGCCCCUUCUGUUUCAUUUUCCGUCAUUGUUUCCUCUUCUUCCUCCCACCGUCAACAAUUGUCUUCUCCGUUCUCACUCCUUUCAGUCGCCGACGUAUUCUGUGGUAAAGCUACAAGCUUUGACGGGGAAGUAAUGAUGGGUUCGAGGGGAGUGAUCAGCGAUAAGUGGUCGAUGAGGAUUCUAUGGGGAUGUGCACUCGGAAGCGCGAUCGGUUUAUACAUGGUUGCUGUGGAAAGACAAACUCAGAACAGGGCACGUGCUUUGGCUGAAGGUAUGAGAGCUGCUGAGUCCCAAGGUGGUGGUGGUGAUGGUGAUGGUAGUGUCUGAAUCUACCCAAGUGCCAUCACGAGGUAAUUUGCGUUUAUGGAGGAUGUGUGUUGUGUGUUCUUCAAUGUAAAAGUCUCACAUCCUAUAUGAGCCUGAUCAUAAACUGCAAUUCAUGUGGAGUGAGCCAUUAGAACCUGAUUCUUAAGAAUGGCUAGUGAAGUAGAAGUGGCAAUGGGGUAUGGUGUUGGCAGGGGAUAUAGAAGUGGCAAUGGUAUGGCAUUGGAUUUGGAGAAGAAACUGGCUCUAGUGGAGGCAGUGGCUUUGGAGAAGGAGUUGGCUGGUGGUGAGGUUCAGGUCCAUGGAAACACAAAAGUUUAACAAAAUCACCACAAGAUAUCAUAUUUUGCUUUAAUAAAAGCUUCACGGUAAGUUGAGUAAUCCAACAUUACAAAAUGUGUGAAAUUUGCUUCAAGACAUAGUAUUCAUUAGCUGCAGACAAGAUGUGUGAAGAAGCAUGCAAAUGGAAAACAAAAUUCUCUUAAAUUUGAUUGUUACGAGAAGAAAACUUUUUCAUUCAUCAUCCUUC